AAAUGGAAAUACAAAAAAAAGUCACAUUUCAGAUUAAUAUAAAACAUGAUAUUAUUGGAUUAUAAUUAUUAAAUAUUAAUAUAAAUAAAAGUAUUAAGUUCUGGUUUUAAUAGCGUGAAGGUAUAGGGAAUGCAUUAGGUUAAAGAAUGUUUCCAUGACAACAGAACGUGUGUGUGUAUGAAAGGUAAUUACAUUCCAGGUGUCAUUGUGACAUCAGUGUUCCUGGCUUUGAUGUGUUCCUUUCUGGAGUCCCUUUCUCAACUGCACAGACACAGAGUGCGCAGAACUACCCUGACCUUCAACGAGACAACCGCGAAGAAAGUACCAGAGUUUUUCUAGAAAGUACCAGAGAGUUUUUGAAGGAAACAACAAAAAAGAGAUGGAUGAAUCAGUCAUGGAUAACACGGUAUAUAUAUAUAUAUAUAUAUAUAUUAUUUUGCCUUUAAUCUCCCCCUCUCUCAGUUUAAGGAGAGAAAGUUUUCACCUCCCAUCAUUUUACGAUGGAGUUAUUUAAAAAACAAAGAGAAAUAUUAUAUGCAAUUGUUCAACCAUAAGCUUUUAAAAUAAGUCUAACAAGUCAGAUUCCUACCUGCUCUGUCUGGAUGCAGAAAGACUGCAGAUUUAAUUUGGCAGAAAGUACCACAACUUUUACUAAGCUGUUAAAUCAUGUAGAUAUUUUUUACCCUCCCAAUAACAGGAACUGUUUUGUUGGUGUUAAUGAUGCCUGGUCUGCUAAAACCUGACUGUUCUUCUUUGUAGAUUUCACCUGAGGAAUAUGGAGAAAUGUUGUGCAGCGACUUGGAUGUUCCGAUGUUCCCACCGCUCGUCUUCAGAACUGUCUUUGAAUCAUUUCUUGACAAAAUCACACACAAGCAAUGGAUGAUGUUGGCAGCUGGGAACAUCGAUGUAGACACAGUCAGAAUGCUGUCCGAAACCUGUAAGGAGAUUUUGGACGCAUUGACUGUGUUAAUCAUGGACGUUGUGGGACCUCAGGUCCGUGACCGGGUACAGGAGAACAACGGCUUACCCAUUAUGCUUCACGAACGAUGCAUGAAUUAUUACUGUGUGACGGAGGACGAUAUCCACGCCACCCUCGGGGAUUCUCUUCACCUGAGCUUUGUUGAGACACUUGGAAUCGACCAGGACCCGUCCAUAACCAACCAGCUGAGGGACUUGUUUGCAGUAGAGCUCAUGCGUCAGGUGAACGGAAAACUGGCUCUCAUCAAAGGGGAAGAAUCUUUGACAGAGCAAGAGGAGCCUGAACAUCAGCCAGAAAUACCUGAAUCUGAUCUGAAGAAUAUGGUUUACCUGAUUGCACUGAUACUGAAACGUGGAACAGAAAACCCUGAGUCACCAGAACAACAAGAGUGUUCGGACAGUAGCAGCCAAGACAUUCGCUCAUCAGCCGAGGAACAAGAGUUGCAUGACUUCAAUGAGGAGGAUAACACCAUCCAAUCAGCUGGCAUUUCACCAGGGGAGUCACUCGACGCCACCAGUAACUUCUCGGAAGGUUCCUGUCAAGACAAGAUGAAGACGAUUCAGAAUGUCAUUAAGGAUCAAACAGAGAACUCGGCAUCACAGUAUAACUGUGAGGGCCACUAUCCAGGCAAGGUGACGGAUGUUGAGGACUUGAGUGACGACGACGCCAGUGUUGAAUCUCUCAGCGUUACACCAGAGAGGCAGAGCAAAGACCUCUCAGACGAGUUUCCACAGCGAGACAAGACCUUUCUGAUUGUGUUUCUUGGGAAACUGGUGGAACACACCGCUGACUCCACCAGGACAUCAAUAUACGACGUGGACAUCGACGGGAUAUUGACAGGUCUGAGAGACAGGACUGGGGGAAAAUUACAUUUCACUCUCCCAAAGAAGGUUGGAAAGACCCACAUCCCCGUUUAUAGGAAGCUUUGUCGGGAGUUUGGAUCUGCGAGGCGGCUGCAGGCUGCCAUGGCGUCCAAUGACGUGACUUUUCAGGACACCUUGGUGAAGAUUUUAAAAGCACAGCUGCAGAAGUCUUCAGGAGAAACCAGCAGCUUCAUGGAGAGAGGGAGGAGGUUUUUCCACAGAAGGACCACUAGAGUUACUCCUUUCUAUGAGGGGAGUGACAAACCAGCGUCUCACCUUGAGGUCAUCGACUCCCCGCCUCCAAACACCAGGAAGCGACCCGCCAUCAUCAGGAUGUUCUCCUUCAUGGCCAAGACUCUGAGGAAGCCUUUCACCUCCUGCAUCAAAGGCUCACAGGACGACUAGAACACGCCAUUAUCCUGUGUUCAAUCCCCCCCCCUCUUUUUUCUUUCUUUCUUACUUUGUAUUAAUCUUGAAAAAUUAAUCAAAAAUAAUAAUCAUUGGAUAAUUUUUCAAGAUUAAUACAAACUCUUAAAAAUGAUGUGUUUGAUAAAAAACUAUAUCAUUACAAAGGUCUUAUGUUUAAGUACUACCAAUCAAAUUAGUACUAAACAUUAACUAAAAAGACUUUUGUAAUGAUGUAGUUAAAAUAACAUCCUUUUUAAGAGCGAACGCAACACGGUGGCUCUUUGUGGCCUCACAGGAAUUUAUCAGCCCUGUGAAGAGUUUGCAUGUUCUCCCGUGCUGACGUUGGGUUUUUUCCCCGGGUCCUCCGGUUUCCUCCCACAUUCCCAAAACAUGCAGCUUAAUUGAACACUCUAAAUUGCCCACAAAUUUCAAUUCGACUUUCCAAAACCUGAAUUAAAAGAUAAUUCAAAUUAAGAUAUGGUUGUGACAUCUCUUGUCA